CAAUUAUAUUAUCGUAUGCUUUUCUAUGCAACUGUCGCGUACUAGUUAUUUUUAAGCUAAAUUAUUUUAGUAUUUUUUUUGUGCCUUUUGAAGAGUUUUGUAAUGAAUUACUGCAUGUCAGACAUGUAUGACAUGGCCCACGGCGUUAGUGGGGGGUAUUCGGUCCCGUCCGGAGGCGAGUACUGCAUGUACGGUGGUGAAGGGCCCGGUUUCAAUCAGUGUGAGCUACAGCCGUUACAUCACCACCCUCCCAGCAUGGAGCAGGCCUGGCCACCCGGCCAGCCCUAUGGGUGCCCGUUUUCUGGGGGUAACCCUGUUUUCAAGAGCGAGUUAUGCAGCAUGGAGGUCCCACUCAGUCACUACCAUCAGCCUGAUUUCUACCCUGACAGCAGGCAGGACUUUUCUCAGAUACAGUGUAUGCAAGAGGCACAAAAGAAAGGGUACAUACCAAGUUACCUGGACAAGGAUGAGCUUUGUGUUGUGUGUGGGGACAAAGCAACCGGAUAUCAUUACCGCUGCAUUACCUGUGAGGGCUGCAAAGGUUUUUUCCGGCGUACAAUUCAGAAGAACUUAAACCCGACAUACGCUUGCAAGUAUGAAGGGAAAUGCGCCAUCGACAAAGUCACGCGGAAUCAGUGCCAGGAAUGUCGCUUCAAGAAAUGCAUUGCUGUCGGCAUGGCAACAGACUUGGUAUUGGAUGACAGCAAGCGUCUAGCCAAACGGAAGCUGAUCGAAGAGAACCGGGAGCGGCGGAAGCGCGAAGAACGGCAGAAGACGGUGUGGGACAGGCCAGAGCCCACGCAGGAGGAAUGGGAGCUGAUCCGCGUCGUCACAGAAGCCCACAUGGCCACGAACGCCCAGGGCAACCACUGGAAACAGAAACGCAAAUUCCUGGUCGAGGAAACAAUGCUACUUAAUGAAAUAACAUGUAAUUUAUUCUGUACCUCUGACCAGAGUGCAGUGGGGGUGAAGGAGGCCAAGCCGGAGGACAUUGGUUCAGCACCCAUCGUCAACGCGCCCGAAGGAAGCAAAGUGGACAUCGAAGCCUUCAGUCAGUUUACAAAAAUUAUCACCCCCGCCAUCACUCGUGUCGUGGACUUUGCCAAAAAGCUGCCAAUGUUCUGUGAGCUGCCAUGCGAGGAUCAGAUCAUCUUGCUAAAGGGCUGCUGCAUGGAAAUCAUGUCUUUACGAGCAGCCGUACGUUAUGAUCCCGAGAGCGAGACUCUGACGCUCAAUGGCGAGAUGGCCGUCACACGUGGCCAGCUCAAGAACGGGGGUCUGGGCGUGGUUUCGGAUGCCAUCUUUGAUCUGGGUGUCUCGUUGUCCUCCUUUAACCUGGAUGAUUCGGAGGUGGCGUUGCUACAAGCCGUCAUUUUGCUGUCUUCUGAUCGUCCAGGUUUAACAAGCGUUGAACGCAUCGAACGCUGUCAGGAGGAGUUCCUCUUGGCCUUUGAACAUUACGUCAACUACCGCAAGCACAAGGUGGCCCACUUCUGGCCCAAGCUGCUUAUGAAGGUGACAGACCUGCGCAUGAUUGGCGCCUGCCAUGCCAGCCGCUUCCUGCACAUGAAGGUGGAAUGUCCAACAGAGCUCUUUCCGCCCCUCUUCCUGGAAGUAUUCGAGGACUGAUGGCCAACCAAUCAAGCCAAGCUGCUCCAACCUCCCCUCAGACUGCCCUGUUUCUGGUCACAUGGCUCUUUUUAGCACUACUGAGCAAUCCUUCAUUCCAGAGUUAUAGGAGUAGCUAUCUGGCCUAGUUUGAAUGAAACCAUUCCUAUUACAAAGCGGGUACAUGUGAAUAGCGUUACAAAAUCUUUUUCUUUCACUCAAAACUCACCUUUCAGUCGCAUCUGUUAUUCACUGUUUUUUUUGUGAUCAUAGCAGCUUAACUGAGAUGUGCAAACUAUGCAUUGUUAUGGUUUUACGUCAAGUGGAAGUCAAAGCUACGUCAGGCAUCAGAGAAAGAUUUGAAAGCACCACACUUUAAAAGAGAAUAGCAAUACUUUCUCUUUACUUUCACUUUCUGUAUCCCGUGGGUCUAAAGGUCUUAAAAAAUCUUUUCAUUGACUAUGAAAUUCGGAGGUCUAAAUUGAACAUUGGGGAGCACAGUAAGCAGAUUUGUUAUGGUUCUGUUCUAAAACUCAGUGAACUGCUGAAUUGGGCAGCAUUUUACCACAGUCACAUUUUCUAAAAACCUGUAUGAAAGAAAAUAUUUUAGUUUCUUCUGUCUCAGGCUGCGUUUACACCAACCGCGUUUCAGGUGUCAAAAUCGCAUCGAGCGCACCUAGUUUGCCGCUUGAACAGUUUGAAUGCAUUCGCGCGUGUAGAGCGAAAUAGACGCGCGGAAAAAGCAAGCAUUUGAGGCAAACUCCGCUCCUUGUGGGAGGGGCAAAUGCUAUGCGGUUGUCUGUUUGCAGGAUGACUGAUGUUUAUUUUGCAUUUAUCAAGAGAGUUACCAGUUUGUAUUUGGUAACCUUACUAUAGGGGGGAAAUAAACAGCACGGGUCAUUAAACGUCACGUGCCCAAUGUCCUCACUGACACUCUUCCAAGCGAGGUCCUUUUUAUUCCAAGAACUUGUCGUAUAGCUCCGGGUGACUGCUUAGGGACAAUAUCAAGCGUUCCUUCAGGUUGAAUGAGUGACUCCAGGCGGGGCUGCCACCACAGCAGCAAGCAGGCUCCUGAUUGGUUAACGCGGCGCGAAAUUCCGCCAAAGUUCCAAUUUUUUAACUCAGCCGUCAGCCGCAAAUUUUCGUGAACCACAAAAUGCACAAAAAGCAUCAUUCGCGCGUACCGCGCACAACGUUCAAUUGUGCCAACUAGAUGCGCGAAUGAAGCGGAAACGCAUCUUCUGCGCCGCACUAAACGCCUCGUCCGUGCCGCGGGACCUCCAGUCGCGCGUUAAUGCGUCUUCACAUUGACUUAACAUUGAAAUCACUCGCGCUUCACGCCUCUACCGCGGUUGGUGUAAACGCAGCAUCAUACUACAGAAACCCAAAGCCAGUUUUAUUCAAACUCUGUGUGCAGUGCAGUACGGAAACGGAGGAGCCAUUGUGCUUUAACAUGUACCGUGUUUGCAGAUCCACACUGCUGAUCCACUGCUUAUGUGUGCCACAGAUAACUUACUACGUAGUCUGUUUAUCAUACAAAACACUAGAUACAAUUUUGACCGGAAUUCCUCCUUUAGGAAAAUAACCAUGUUUUUUAGCAGAUUUGAUAACUAACAAAUUUAUAAAUGCCAUGAAUAAACUAUGGUUAUUGUGGUGAGACCAUAGUACAUUUUUAGUUACUGUGUUUUUACUACAAACGAAGAUAUUUAAAGGAACAGUAUGUAAGAAAUGUAUAUCAAUUAAUCAUUAAAUGGCCCUGAAAUGUCACUAGACAUUAAGAAAUCAUUUUUAUUUCAAAUAUUUAUAUCACUGACAACAGUGGUCUGGCCAGGAUAUUGUCAUUUAAAAAGUGGAGUGGCAGCUCUCAACUGAUGUUUAUGUUGUCAUGUUGUGUAUUGGCCACCAAUUGUGUGAUUGCAGUACCAGUUUUAGCCACACGUUUUGUGAUUGCAAUACCAGUUUUUGCCACAAUCCUACAUACUGUUCCUUUAAUAUAACAAGAUUAAGCACUGCUAUUACAAUAAACAGGGGACAAUGCAACUCUCAAUAUGGCUGUUCCGGCGACAAAAGUCCUGCUUUCCAAUUAAAAGAACCAAUCUUCAGUCGAAAAGCCGAUUUUCUGGUGGGGGGGGUGGGGUGGGGGCUCACAUGAAGUGGUUGCUCACAUGAAGUGGUUGCCAACCGGUGUGUAGCUAAAACGGUAGUUUUUCAAGUGCAAUUUCAUCUUAAGAAAUCCCAGAAUGCAUUGUGACAUUUCAACAUCAUGUUCUUUUGAAGUCAAACAUCUCAUGGGCUUCACAUAAGGAGCCCUAUCUUUAAACGCACAGAGACGUAACCUGUUUACAGUAUUACACAUCAGUCCAGGUCACAUUUGGCUUGAAAGAUAGCUGCCCGUGUACACAGCACACUUGGAACAGAGCUAUAACAGAGCAGUUUUGGAACAGAGCUAUGGCAGGUAGCAGGUCAGAUUUACUAGUGGUUACACCAUGGGUAAAAAAAAUCACUUAUUUUCAGUAUGUCUAAACGGUUACAGGGUAAGACCUUCAUAAUACUCCAGUUAGAGCUCCUGAGCACAAACACGGAGACACCCAUCUGUUAAAAGCACAAAAACAUGUUUUGAACAUCUUAAAAGAUAUCUUUAGCACUUAGUAAAAGAUAUCCUGAUGAUGGAGAUCAUUUGGCAGAAGCACACAUUAAAGCACAUAAGAACCCUCUCAGCAUCUAAUGUUUAAGGUGCCAAAACGUUUCCUACAAAGAUCCUUCUCUGUUUGUGUUAAGCUGAUCAGAGGAACAUACAGUAUUUUUUCCUCUGUACCCAGCUGAACUGCCUGGCAGUCUUUGUGUGUCAGAUUCAUUAGAAGGAACUCUAUUCAGCUUUGUUAUAUUAUGUACGCUGCCAUUACACGUAGGCUUCUGCUUGAACUUGUUGGUGCUAUGAGUUUGCCGAUUUAUACCUCCAUACACUUCUGCCAGUUAACCUCACAUUGUCUGGGUGUCAUUGACACAAAUUCACACAAACAAAUACACAACAUGGAGGGGUCAGUGGCCACCCAUGCAUUCAGAGUGGCUUCUGUGAAUUACACAGAUAUCCGCUGGACAUCUUCAUCAUUUCAGCUGGUGUUAUUUCUGUUUUGGUUUUCUUGUAUUCCUGUUGUGUUUGUAAAUGUUUAUAAAGACAUCCUUGUGUGCUGCAAACGAGAUCAAACCUCACAUACCUCUACUUAUUAUCAGGAAAUGGCAGAACUGGUUGUUGUUUUUUCAAAGAUCACACAAUUUCAGAUUCACACCUCAAGAAGCAGCGUUUUGUUAUAGUGGUGCGUUUUGUAAGCAAUAGAAUUGCUUGAGAGGUUUUACCCAUUUUGGACAGAUUUCACGGCAAAGACACACCAAUGUAGAUAAAAGUCAAUGCACAGACAAUCAACGUGUUGAGAGAGAGAGAGAGAAAAGAGGAAAAAAGAGAUAUGAAUAAAAGGAUAAAGCUUUCAAGAAUGAUGAAGCCAGGGUCCAAAAUUAACACUUGGCAGGUACCAAAUAUAAAUAAAACGAUGUUUUUUUAGGAGUAAAUAAAGGUUGCAGUUUGUUUUUGUAUGAUGUGUCAUUUUAUAUUUUGUUUUGCUUUUUUUAGUUUUUUAAACGAAUAAAUAAUUGGUCUGUAUUUUUUUCACAUCUGUUAAUUUUGGACCCUCAGCAGUAAUGUUUUUUUUUCUAGAGAGAUAAGCAGGUGCAGUACAGACACACUGGGAGUCAAAACUGUUUCCUCUCUGAGAGCGCAGGUGAAAAACAUAAACGCACUACAGAAUAAAGCUAUUUAUGGUGUAAAGGAAAGAGGCUGUAUUUUUUCAGACAGAUAAUAUUUUUUACAGAUGUUAUAUGCACAGUAUGAACAUUUUACAAUUUUACAUACACAGAAGACUUCUCAAAAUACUUUUUACCGUAAUCCCAGCGAUUCCUGUUUUAACAAUCCUGGUUAAGUCAUGAUCUCUCUCCGGCGUGCGUUUUAUCAUUCCAGAUUAAAUAUGUUAAUAAAAAUUAAUAUAUGUAUUCCACUUAUACCAGUGAUUUAAAAAAAGCAUCUACAUUUUGGGCAAAAUGGAAAGCGGUCUGUCGUGGACAGCAGCAUAAAUCACAAAGACGGCCGUUGCUCAUCAGGUAAACUCAAUGAAAUACAGCUCUAAAAGUAAUCACGUGUAAUUUCACUGUUUCUUGGUGUCUAACUGUUAGUUAAGAUAAGUUUUAACCUGGUCACAUCUACAAUAUGCUGUUGGCAUGAGUGAGUAAACAUAGAUUUGAAUGCAAGUCAAUGUAAAUCAGUUAUUGUAACAAUACUGGCAAAUGGAAUUUUUCUUUAUUGUCUAUUUUUUGUUUACCAAAAUGAACGUAUUGCACAAGCCUGCUGUGUGACAGUAAAGCCUUGAACUGAAACCAAGUUUGGAUCAUGAUGUGAUUCGGGUAUCCGGGAAGAGACACUGCACUAGAAUAAAGAUUAUUGGAUUUGGAAAACGAUGCAUAUGCACCUGAGGUGAUCUGGAUUAAAGAAUAAAGAUGGUUUUAAGAAAGCCCAAA